GCGGGCUCCGAGGGUGCCCGCGGCCCCAACAUGCUCGACGGAGGAAAGACGGGCGCCCCCUCCGCCGGAUGCCGUGCCAACGCCCACGCUGCCGAUUGCCACACCGUAAGCCGUCUCGCCGGAUGCCGCGCCGAUGACCAUCCUGCCGGCGGUGACCGCGCUGGCGAUCGCCCCAUCGAAUGCCCCGCCGACAGCCACACCUCCAAGGGCGAUCGCGUUCGAGGAGCACCCCGACGGCGUCAUCCUCGACACGCCCGACGCCCGAGACACCGAAGCCCACCUGUCGGGGGACCCUCAACAGGCGACGGCGCCGGAGACGGAGACGGGGACGGCCGUCACGGCCGAUAUGCCCCUUCCCGAGGAGGCCCCGCAGGGAAGCGGGGUUGGAACGCCGCCCCCCACCGCGGUUGACCAAGUCUCGGAGCCGACCGAGAGGGCAGCCGUGGGGUCCCCCGCGGCGGCGGCUGGGGGCGCGGGGAUUCUUCCAUGGCGGACCCCAUUCCGACAUCGGCUACGGUAGCUUUGGAGUCUUCAGCGGCCGUGGCGGCCGCGGAUCGCGGAGCCGCUUCCGCGGCGGAUCCGGCUUCAGCAACACCCGUAGCGGCGGUCUCGGAGUCGGAGCCGGAGUUGGCGCCGAGGGUUGAGGGGCGCGGAGAUGGGGAGGCCUCAGCCUCCGCAGGGCCUGAGGGGGUGUGUCCCGCAUGGCCGCAUCCCCCGCCCCGUCCGUCACGCAAGCGGUCGUCGAGCCGACCCCGAGAACCGCGGCCCCCUCGGCGGGCACAGGCGAUCAGUCGGCUGGAGGUGCCGGGUCGGAGUCCGGCGUUGCUGCGCCCGCGGGCGGGGCCGCGAGGGCCGCGAUCCCGCUCCCCUCAUCGGGGCCCGUAAUUAGCCCCCCGCCGGGAGAUAGGAAAGCGGAGCUGGCCCUCCACACGCAGAAGUUCCAGUGGCGGGAGAUCGAGUGGGGGCGGCUCCGGAAGGUGUCGGUCGAUCACGCGAUGGCGGUGGCCUAUGUCGCGAGGGUGGCGGCCGAGCAAGGGAAGGUGGUCCACUCUGCCUUGGGCCCCACGCUGGUGGUAAGUUUCCCGACCCCGACCUCGGCUUUGGCCAUUAUGAUUUAUUGAUUUCGAAUCUUCCGCAUCCUCGCCUCUCCUUUCUUUCCUGCCAGGAAAUGGAACUCUGGGAUGCGGAGCGUCUGGCUCUGCGGGAGCGAGAACAAGCGCUCGCAGAGGAGAACCAGAAGAUGCGGGAGGAUCUCGCAUCGGCGCUUCGGGCCCUGGAGCACGAACGUCAAGGGCGGGCGGCGGACCUCCGCACCGCGAACCGCGCGCUCGAGGACGCGCAUGCCCAGUCGGUGGCCGUCGCCACGGAGCUCGAGGGGCUCCGGAAGGAGCGCGACGAGCUGCGCAGCGAGGCCCGUGCGGCCGAGGAAGGGCGCAGUGCCGCCCUCGAGGUGCAGGACGCCGCGCUUCACGAGCGCGAUGGAGCUGUCCGGGUUUGGGACGCCGCCGUGCAGGAACGUGACGCUGCCGUCGGGGAACGCGAAGCCGUGAUCCAGGAACGAGACACUGUGGUCUGAGAGCGAGACACCGUGGCCCGAGAGCGCGACACUGCUGUCAAGGAGCGCGACGCCACCAUCCGGGACCGCACCUCCACCCUAGCCGCAGUGGAGGAGAUGACAGAGCGGGAGAAGGUCGCGCUGUCGAGCACGCAAACACCCGCAGUGAGUCGGACGACCUCCGCCAGGAGCUCUCCCGGGUCAGGGAUCUAGAGAAGGAGGCAGCAACGGCGAUGGUCUCGCUGACCGCGGAGGUCGCCAAGUACCGCGCCUCUCAGCAGAGCCUGGAAGCCGCUGCGCGGGAGGCCCGCGAGCGGGCAGACUCGGAGGUGCGACAGGCGAAGGAGACGCUCGACCUACAGGGGUCGCGUCUCGAGGACCUCCGGAUCGCGGCGGGGCUGACCGUGACCGGCCUCGGGAUGGAGCCCGCCAGCGACCCGCAGCAGCUUGGUGCGCAACUCAUCGCGGCCGUUGACGGGGUGCGCGAGGAAGCCCGAGCCGCGUGUGGUGAAGUCGACGCCGCGCGCCAAGACAGACUGUACCUCGGAGUGCAGCGAGUGUUCGCCGUCGCGCGGAGCCACUACCUCGACAUCGACCUGGAGGAGUUGAGCAAGGGGUACCCGGUGGACUACACCGACGCCGAGCUCGACGCCAUCGAGGAAGAAGUCGCGCCGUUCGCCCAAGUCCUGUCGGAUAAGAUGCAGGCGGGCGACGAAGAGUAGUAUGGCUGCCCGGGGUGGGGCGAACAUUUAUCAAAUGCUGUAAAUAUUACUUCUGAAAAUAUGUUUGGUCAAUGUUAAUCUGCUUUCGUAUUUCGUAAAGCUUU